AUGGUAGUUUUAUUAGCACAACAUUCUCCUAMAUUAUCAGUACACAUAAGUAAUUUGAAGAGCAAUGCAAGAAAAGAAUAUUCUUUUAUUUCAUGGGAAAGACAAAACUUACUCAUUGAAUCUGUUGCUGAAUAUGUAUUAUCAGUAAUUAAAUCACAAAUUAAUUCUGCUGAACUUUUUAGUAUAUGCAUAGACUCAACAUUUGAUGUGUCGCAUAAAGAGCAACUUUCAUUCAUUGUUAGAUACAUUUUUGAUGGAAAAAUCCAUGAAAGAUUGUUAGCGUUAAUCGAGUCAUCAAAUACUACAGGUKAAGCACUUUUUCAACAGUUUAAAUCAUUGAUGGAAAGAAAUAAUUUGGACUGGAAAAAUAACCUUGUAGGCCAAUCAUAUGAUGGUGCGGCUAACAUGCGAGGAACAUAUAACGGAUUGCAAGCUCGAAUCCUGGAAAUUAAUCCUAAAGCUUUAUACAUCUGGUGUUAUGCGCAUAGAUUAAAUUUAAUCAUAUUGUCUGCUGUUGGUUCAUGUACAGAAGCGAUUGAUUUAUUUGGCAAUUUGGAAAAACUAUACAMAUUCAUAAAUUGUAGUAAGAAAAGAGCAGAUUUAUACAGACAAAAACAAUCUCAAAUAUAUCCCCAUAAACAAAUACGAGCUGUCAAACGGGUUGGUACAACUAGAUGGAUGUCAACAUCAUUCGCUUUAACCACAGUAUUAGAGACAUUGGAAGCAAUUUUGGACAUGUUGAGUGAAGUAAAGACACAUGAAGGUACCACCGAUUAUAAAACUGGUUCUGAGUGCAGUGGUUUGAUCGAUUAUUUUCAGUCUUCGCGUUUUAUAAUACCKGCAUUCAUAUUUAAGAGUAUAUUUGAUAUUGUUGAACCACUCAGUAAAGUUUUGCAAUCCUGUGACUUGGAUAUACGAGGUAUAUCCAGAAAGUAA